GGUGGCGAGAUUACAGCCCCGCAAGGAGGAGCAAGAUUCCAACAUACCCUACGUGAACGAAUCAGGUUCUCAAAUAGAAACGUGAUGUCACCUGGGAUUUGUCCGGACCAUGUUAUACGUAAAUUGGUUUACGUCGGAAAUGUUAAAGCAUUGCAUACCACUCAUGAGUCUCCUCUAUAUAAAGAGACUUCAAUAGCAAAAGUUGUUUCUCAAGAUGAAUAGCAGAGUUUUCUCUGAUGUAACCAACUUUUUUGAUCUCGUUUUUAUCUGAUUGUAACGAUGUUCUUAAGGAAAACUCUUAAUUAAAUAAGCGAAACCACAUCCAGAGCUGGAAUAGAGUGUGAUAUUUCUCUUUCACAAUCGCAUUAGAAUCUAGAAUAACUUUAAUAGGUGACGACAAGCUCAUACUUCUGGCCAGUCUUGACAUCAACGAGAACAACAAAGCCUUUUUUGUAUUUCUUUCUGAGUGACUGUUUUUCGAAGAGUGGUUGAGCUAGUUGGCUCCAAUGUUUCUAUGAGUAAGUAAGAACUCAUAAAUAUACCAUGGUUACUAUGAGAGUGUUUCUUCAAGAGGUAUUUUGGUACUAUAAUAAUUUGGAAUCGGAAUAUCUGUAAGUUUGUGCCAUCAUAAAUCGUAUUCUACAUACAACCAAAUUCUGGUGAUGAUCUCUUGCCAAGAGGUCUUCUACAAUUAUAUGAAAUGAUGAAUAUGCAAGCUUUGGUACGGUUAAUAUAAUAUAUAUAUAUAUAUAUUGAUUUUUGACAUUUUGUAUUUUCUUAUUUACGGUGUGAUUAUUUCCUUUAAUUGUUUCGAAUUUCCUUUCUUCUUUUCCCUUUUUUCUAAAUAUUAUUAGAAACGUUAUCAAAAGAAAUUAAACAACGGUGUAAAUGUUAAUAGAUCUUAAAUAUCAAUUCACAUAUUCCACUAGAAAAUAGCAUUAUUUCCAAAUUAGGGUUCAUCGAACGUUACAUCUGCCAAAAGAGGGCUUUAAACUUUUUCAUUGAUGUCGGCAGAAGGGCACAAGAACUCAAUCAAUACAUUGAAGAUCAGUAGGUAAACCGAUAAAAUCGAAUUAGGGUUUAUCCGUUUUGUGAGAUUCGAUGGGUAUCGUUGCUUCCAAGGCAGAUCACAACACUCCUUUGCUGAAUCUGUGUAGAGAGAGGAAGGAACUGAUCAGAGCAGCUAGAGAUGCUCGUUACCACUUAGCUAAAUCUCAUCUUCUUUACUUUCAAUCUCUUUUGGAUUUCACUAACGCUCUUAAUCAGUUUGUGCACAAGGACUUGAUCGUGAUUCCAUAUUCGGAUGACGAUUCGUCUAGCGGGUUGGAGUGUUCUGGUUCAUCAGAUUCAGAUUCGGAGUCUGAUUCAGACUCUAACUCUCAUUGUUUAGCAUGUGAUGAAUCUCAAGUAGUUCCUUUGAGCAAGGAUGAUGAUCAAAACCCGCAAAAACCCUCGUCUGGAGAGGAUGCUUGCGGCUCAAGUAACAAUGUUCAUGUAGAGAAGUCAAGUGAAGGUGUAGGGUUUGUGGAGAAAGCGCCCGUGAUAGCUCCGGUUAAAUGUGAGAAGAGAGUUUUGGAGACUUUUCCUUCUAGUAACCAGCAGAACAGUUUCCAUGGUCACGAUCCAUUCGGUUUGUACGAUUUCUUGGCUAACACGGAGCUGGUUUAUACUGAACCUGAUCAGAGGUAUGAGACUGAGAGUGAUGUAUGGAGAGAGAUUAGGGAGAGAGAAGGGAUCCCUGAUUUGGAAUCCGAUAGUGAUCACAGCAGUCUUGUAAGGAAGAAGAAUGUUCAAGAAAGCUCUUCAACGGCUAAAGACGCAGGGGAAGUUGACAAGAGGGAAGUGAAUAUUAGUGAUGAAGAAAACUCUUCAACUGCUAACGUUGUAGGUGAAGUUGAUAAGAGUGAUACUGAAGCAAACACUAGUAAUGGCAAGGCUGAUGAUGUCGAUGAAACGUGCACGCAAGAGAAGCAAACAAGUCCAGAGACUGUUACUGAAGUGACAAGAUCAGAUGAGGAGCUUAGUGAUGAAGCAUAUGAGUCUAGUUCUUCUUCUUUUUGUUCAGGUUCGGGUCAUAGUGAUCUUAGGAACGUAGUAGAAAAGAUCAAUAGUAUAAGCAAGAAAGCUGCGAGUAACAGUGAAGUCUCUGAUCUGCUUGAAGUGAGUAAAGUCAUUCCUCAUCAACCAUUAGGAUCCCAAUUCAAGGAACUUGCUUCAAGGUUACUCGGUAGUUCCAAGAGUUCGACUCGUGCUUUGCUCUUAAGACGUGGCUUGCCCCAAGAUAACCUCGCCGUUUCGCUUUCCAUGACACUAGAGAAGCUUUACGUGUGGGAAAAGAAACUUCACGCAGAAGUUACAGCCGAAGAAAAGCUUAGGGUUUUGUACGAGAAAGGGUACAGUUUUCUAAAGAGCCUCGAUCAAAACGGAGCAGAGGCCAGCGAGAUUUACGAGGCCGAAGCUGAGGUUAAGCUUCAUUUAUCCAAGGUUAAUGUUUCGGUUCGAGCGGUUGAGACAGUUUCAAUGAGGAUUCAUAAGAUAAGAGACGGAGAGCUUUCGCCUCAGGUGAACAAGACCAUCAAUGUGUUCAAAGAGAUGUGGAGACUCUUGGCGAAAUGUCACCAUAAGCAGUUUCAAGCGAUCACGAGAAGCAAGUCUUGCGUCCACGUGGUUGAAAAAGGAUCUAGGAAAGUGACGCUCAAGGUCGAAGAACAGAUGAGAAGAUUUAAAGAGUCUUUGAGAAGCUACAUUGAUGCACACAGAGGUUUCGUUAGGUUCUUAAACGAGUGGCUUAACCGAAACAUCAUGGAGGAGGACGACCAAACAAAGACAGACGCUCCUGAGAUAUUUAGGGUAUGUAGUGAGUGGCUAAGAGAGAUUGUGAAUGUGGAUGAAGUCAAAGUGUUGAGUGCUGUUGAAGAAAUGGAGCUGAGGUUUCGAGGUUUAGGGUUUAAGCAAUUAGAGGAGGAGAAACAGAGGUUGAGAACCGAGAGGUUGUGUAAGGAGCUGGAAACGAAGACUAAGGAAGUGGAGGAGAGUUGGGGAACGCAGGCUGAGGAGGUGAUGGGACCGGAACUGCUGUCGUUGAGAGAGAGUGCGACUCACGAAACAGAAAAGCAUGAGGGAUUGAUCAGAGAGAUUAACGACGCCGUGUCAAUGUCUUUGCAAGAGUGUUUGGUUCAUGUCUUUGAGGCCUUGGAGGGGUUUUGUUUUGGUAAUUUUAAGGCAUAUCAGAACAUUAGAAUCGUUUCGACAGAAACAGAAACUCUGUUAUUGUAAUCAUAGAAACAAAUAUGUAAAUAAAGAAAAUAAAUAAUUUUUCAUGCGAAUCUAUAUAGUAAUGUCAAACUCUAAACCGACGUCAAGAGAUUGUUCCCCCGACAAUUCUCCAACACUCAAAAUAAAGAUGAUUUUUGUUAAUUUCUAGUAUGUAUGGUUGUAUCACAACAUAAUCCCAUCAUAACAGCCAUAUGACAAGUCAGUAAUAUUUUGAAUGUCUUAAGUGCUGGAAAUAUAAAUAAACUAGGAUAAGACCUGCGCAGGGUGAGUUUUUAUGAUAAUUAUUUAAAACAUAUAGUAUUGACAAAUGAUGUCACGUCACUCGGUUUACUUACAGCUCUGGUAUAGGUUUGGUUGGGUUUAUUUGGGUCUAAGAAAAUCUUAACUAUGCUCAACCCAAAUUAGUUUGAUUUGGUUCAGUUUUACUUAGGUUUGAUUUGUGUUCGAUUUGGUUUUAGUUUGGUUUGAUUUGUGUUUAGUGCGGUUUAAUUUGGUUUUGUUUGUGUUUGUUUAUUUCAGUCGAUUAGUUUUCCUUUUGUAAUUUUGUUCUACUUCAGUUACAAAAAUAUAAUUUAUAAGAACAUAAACAAAUCAUCAUUUGACACUAAAUCAUUAUUUUCUUCACAUUUAAUUUUAAAGCUAAAGAUUUAAUCCUAUAAUUUUGUAUUAUUAUAUUCAAACCUAAUAUAACUAAGUAUAAUAAAUAGAUUUUUGAUUUUGAUGUUAAUGUAUGAAAUAUAUAUAUUUUUUAUUUUUAACUGUGUUUAUUUUAUUCAUUUAAAAGUAAAAUGUAUAAUUUUUUUAAUCGUUUAAGUUUUUUUUUUACUUUCGAAUAGAAACUUUUAAAAAACUAACUUGCAGCCUCUUGACCAGUAUAAGGACCCAGCCAACUUGGUGCAAAGCAGUUGACGAAAGAGGAUCCAAAUACGCGUGAUCUUCCACUUUUAGCAAUGAUUAAAUUUAUUAAAUCUUAAUAUUAUUAUCAUGUUUAACUAAUAUAAGUAAAAACACUUCACUUGGGCUUGGUUCAGUUUAAAAUGAACCAAAAUAAACCAAUUUGAUUGAUAAAAUCUUAAUCAAAUAGUCUAGACAUAUACUUUAGUUUUUAAUCUGUUUGAAUUCGGCUGGGUCAGUUUGAUUUGAUUCGGUUCAUUUUUUUUGUCCACACUAUUAACUAAUGUUCUGAAUAAUACAAUUGAAUAAAAAUGAUCAAUUGUAUAGUAGCUUAAUAACAUUUAUUAUAAGAUUUGGUAUAUAUAUUUGAAAAGAUGCGCAAAUUAAAUUUUGGAGAAACUACUGCAAAAAGGGUCAAUCGAUGCAUGCAUGCAAUACAUGAACUUUUCAUUAUAAUAAAAACUUCUCAAUUAUUGCAAUCAAUCUAAAAGAAGAGGUUGCAGUAUUUAUUAUACAAAUCUUACGAUUCAUUAUUUAUUAUACAAAUCUAUACUUACAGUAUAACAAUUAUUCAAUAAUAUUUUAUGGAAUAUGGAAUAUAUGUGAAUUUUUCAAAAUUUUAAAAUUCCAACUAUGAAUGAUCCAUAUAAAAGUAUUUUUCACGUAUAAAAAAUAUCAUUUGGCAAAAAAUAUAUAUUUGAUGUGAAACUAUAUAUAUAGUAAAAAAAUGUUUGAAUCACACACUUCUAGAUUCAAGUAAUAAGCACUAUAUACAUCUUUCGUAUUAAAAAUAGAAUAUAUGUACAUCUGUAUAAUUUAAGAAAGUUUCACUUACGAAAGAUAUUCUUAAAUGUAAUGGUUGCACGUAUAGAAAUAGCAACGAUUAAUAUUUUAUGUUACAACUAUACAUUAACAAAUCACAUCUUUUAUUUCCUAUACAAUCAACUUCUAUUAGAUUUAAGUCUUAAACAGACUUCAACCGUAUGAGAACCAGACGAUUCAUAAUCCACCCCAAACCAUAAAUUACUGGUAAGGUUCCAUAUUGAACCGAUCGAUCCACAAUAAUAUAUACAAUACACUAUGGUAUUCAUGAUUAUGUAGCAAUACACACUAUGGUAUUCAUGAUAACGUAUUAAGUAUAAUAUAUUACAUGUUUAAAAAAUACUUGAAUGGUUGAGUAUAAAAAGAUAAUUAGUAUACAUGUACAUGUGUACAUGAUAUUUUCCAUCAAAGACAAUUAGAUUAUUUUUUUUCAAAGCUUUAUAACUUGUACGUAAUGGCUCCAGAAAAAUUUGAUACAGUUUUUUACAAACGAAUACAUUUGGACUUGAAUUAUUAUAUGUUAAUAUAUAGUUACGCUUACAUGAUACGUAGUAUGCACACCAUCCAUGAAUUAAAGCGCAUGAUAUAAAUAAUACGGUUAUAGGUCCAUCGAAUUGUAUUUCUCGCUAGGGAUGUAUAUUUUUAGAUUAUGCUUUGCCAAAACUCUCUAAAAUUCAGCCAUGUCAGCAAUAAGAGAGCUUAAACAACUGCCGAUGGGGUCUAUUUUUAAUUAGUACAAACUUAAGGUUAUAACUAUUUAAAAGAUUCUCAAUUAAUAUAUAGAAGAUUUGAUUUUUUUUAAAUAUGUGUUGGGUGGGUCCUGAAAGAUUUGAACAAAAAGUAUUCAUUGAUUUUUUUUUUGGUAAACGAAAAGUAUUGCUAAAUUGUAAAUAUCAUUAUGAAAAUGAAAGUUCGGUUACAAAUUUAAUUGAAACCACAAUCUGCUAAAAGCCAAUUUGAUCCUAGUGACCGCAAAAAAAAUAAAAAACCACUAGGAUACAUAGAUAUUAAUUCCAAGUUUCUAACACAGAAAACUUGUAAUUAGUAGGGAAAAGAUCAAGCAAAACAACAAUAUAACCACCCUAAUCAUAACUCUUCUUACUCUACUUGAUAUAAACCAGAUAAAGCAAGAGAAUGGCCAGGGAGAGUUCGGUCAAGAACUCACCGAAGUGGCUCCGAGCAGGCAUCAACAGAAGCGCCUGGCAUACGCCUCCGGAGCUCCGCUGGAGGAGGACCUCGACCAACAAAACCGAGCCAUCUCGACGGAGAGACAAAGGUUCACCCAUAGCAAUGAUGUUUACACGGAAGCUCGAGUUACGGUCAAGCAUGAGCGGUACAACAGGCUCCAACACCGCCCACACGACACAAAAGAUACAUCAAAGACUUCGAAGGAACACUAAGUCAACUUGUCGGAGCUAUGAACACAAGGGCAUGAAGCACAGAAGGAGGCAUAACACUCCUAGAAACAGGCCACCUAAAAGACAAUAGAGAGCUCCGCCUAAAAGACUUCGAAGGAACACUAAGUGAGUCACCACAUCGGAUUGUCCUGAAACCCUAGCAGACAACAUCGGUAGCAAGAAGGAGGGUACAAACACAUCAUCAAAGGAAGCCAUGGUUGUUGUCGCUUGAGCUAAGUGAGAGGUCCCCAACGAGCUCCUCAGUCUCGUCACUUCGUCUCAGACCAUGGGAACAAGACGGGGAAGCUCUAAAGUUGCGGCCGAAGAAGGAGACAGGGGAAAAACAGAGGAGGUUGUAGAACGGAGGAGAAGAGGCAGUGACGCGCUUCAUUCCGGUGAGCCUCCGCGGCAGAACUGACCCAGAAUCACCACUAGUCAAACCCUAGAUCUACCAGGACUACGGCGCCUCCUGCAAGCAUACAGACAGUCACGACCUCGCCCUCUCUCCAGAGACAUUGGAUACACACCCAAUCAUCAAAUUGGUCACCGGAUCUGGCCACAAUCCGAGGAGAACCAGAGAAGGAGGCGCAAGGAGGAAGUGAGUAGGCUUUAGCACAGCAGGGAGAGGAAUUGGAUGAGCGGGGAGAUUAGGGUUGGCGGACCGACGGGAAAGACCCACCGCCGGCCACCUGAGAAAAUCAGAGGAGAGGUAGAGUCGAGGAAGAAAGGAGUCGGCGGAGAGAAAACGAGAGAGAAAAACGACUCUCUCACCUCUCUCUAGAUCACGUAACGACGAAAAGUAUUGAUUGAUUUAGAUCUUGAUCUCGUUGAACGAAUUAUAUAAUCUAACUAAAAUUAAUUAAUUGACCGAGUCAGUAUCAACUAUCAAGAUUCAGCGUUCUUUCUAGGAACCCGGUUCAUUCAUGCAUUCAAUAUUUUUUAUAAUGAAGACUUCAACCAUUAUUGGGAUGAAAUGUUGAGUAAAUUAUUGAGGGCAAUAACAAAGAUAAAAGGCAUGCAAUAGAACGGGCAGACCAAGUGGAAUAUUCUGCACACCAUACUUAACUUCCAAUCAAGAGGUUAAACAUAGUAAUGUCUUACAAUAAGCGACAAAAAUGAGGAUUAAUAAUUUGUAAUCGCACACAAAUAAAUAUAAAAUUCUCCACUAGAAGUCACUAGGGACCUGUGAUGUGAACGUGUUAUUUUCUAGACUUUUCUCACCUACCUACAUCGGCAAAAAACAACUCAUAAUAUUACUAUCUCAAUUGCUGGUUUUCUUUUUUUUUGAGCAACUCUAUCUCAAUUGUUGUAUGUUAACUUAGGCUUUGAAUAUUUACAACCGUCCCGCUCCGCACCGCAGUUAACAGUAACAAAUUUUUUUUACAUAUAUCAUAUAUCUAUACGUUUUUAUAACUGUUAAAACCGCACCGCAGUUGAACCGCUUGUUCCGCACCGCUCAAACCGCAGUUACCAUUCGGAACCUUAAUAUACUGUUAUGAUGAAGAUGUUGUUUCUGAUGAAAUUAUCAAUCAAAUGAGGAGAAUUAAUAAACAGAGGGCAAAUCGGCUAGGAAAAAACAGGAAAAAACAAGUGGUAAAGUUGAUUUUGGUAUAUGGAUAUACUUUUAGCUUAUUAAAAUUUUAGAUAUACAAUUUUUUUUUGAAUAAGUAUCUUAACCGAACUAUACAUACAGUAUUGAAAAUUUUAUUAUGAUUCUCAAAAUUAAGGCUUCGAAUGUUUACAACCGCCCCGCUCCGCACCGCAGUUAACAUUAACAAAAGUUUCUACAUAUACCAUAUAUUUAUAUGUUUUUAUAACUGUUAAAACCGUACCGCAGUUGAACCGUUUGUUCCGCACCGCUCAAACCGCAGUCACCAUUCGGAGCCUAAAAACGAACUGAAACUCCACUACUUCUUAAAUGAAUUAAAAAUUCAUCAAUUUCAAUAUAUUUUUUUAACUAACUCUGUUUGAAAAUUAUGAAACCAACAUAAAUACCUAAAUACCGAAAGCUAUAAUAUGAGCGUUCAAUCAGUUUAGAUUUUUCAAUCUUUGGAUUAGGAAAACUUUGCUGAAAGGAACCCAACAUAACUUGCUUUUAUUCAGGAAUUGAUUGGUUGGUUUUGCUUGUGAGAGUUUAGUUUUUAUGUUUGAUAUUUUUGCUAAAAUCAGUUAAACCAUACGAAAUACGUCCAGGCUGUUUACCAAAAAAAAUGAAGAAAAGGGAAAUUGCAUUGUAUGGCGUUCAAAAAAACUAUAAUUCAUUCCAUAACCAAUUACCCUAAUUCAUCCAUAUGUAGUGUGUCUUUUAUAUAAUAAUAUACUUUUACCCUUGUAUGCAACCGGUAGAACCUGCAACAAAAACAAAUUGUAUUAAUAAUUAUUAAUUGUAAAAGUAACUCCUGACUUUUUAAUAAUCACACAUCCUAUGCAACUAACUUUAUAUUUGACUACUUUUUCAGAUUAUUUUCUAUGUGUCUCAUGUAUCAUGGAACAUGAACUACUUUUUUCUUAACAGAGUAAAUUUAUCUUUAGUAAUUACACCUUAUUAUGUGGCUUCUUGAAAUUUUUUCAUAUGCCAAAUCUGCUAGGAAGUCUUUGCCAUUUAUUCUAUUGAUUAAGUCGUACUCUCUCACACCUGGUGAUCUUGUUCCCAAUCACAUACUUUUACCUACUUCAACAGAUUAUCUAUUCUAUGUGAAACCAUGUGGAAUGGAACAAAAUAUUAUACUAUUUUCAUGUUUUGCUAUUUGGAUUGAAGUUUAUAUUUUUGUUUUGGAUUUAGUGAUCAAUGGUUUUGGAUUUAGUAUGGAUGAUUUUGGUUCACUCUGGUAAAACUGUAGAUAAUUAUUCAUUGUCAGCAUAUGGCUUCUUCGAAAGUUUUCAUAUGCCAUUUGUUAGCAAGUCUUUGCCAUUUGUUCCAUUGAUUAAGUCAUACUCUGUCACACCUGGUGAUCUCGUUCUCAAUCACAUACUUUUACCUACUUCAACAGUUUAUCUAUUAUAUGUGAACCAUGUGGAAUGGAACAAAAUAGUGUACUAUUUCCAUGUUUUGCUAUUUGGAUUGAGGUUUAUAUUUUUGUUUUAGGUUUAGUGAUCAAUGGUUUUUAGUUUAGUAUGGAUGAUUUGGGUUCACUCUGACAAAGCAAUAGAUAAUUUAUUGUCAACAUAUAAACAUUGUGGCUUCUUGGCAUAUGUUAAAUCUGUUAGCAAGUCUUUGUCAUUUAUUCCAUCGAUUAAGUCGUACUCUCUCACAUCUGGUGACUUCGUUCCCAGUCACAUACUUUCACCUACUUCAACAGUUUAUCUAUUCUAUGUGAACCAUGUGGAAUGGAACAAAAUAUUGUACUAUUUCCAUGUUAUGCUAUUUGAAUUGGGUUUAUAUUUCUGUUUUGGGUUUAGUGAUCAAUGCUUUUGGGUUUAGCAUAGAUGGUUUGGGUUCACUUUGACAAAACAGUAAAUAAUUCAGUGUCAGCAUAUAAACAUUACAAAAUUUGAACAAUUUUCUUCAUGAUGUUUUACCUUUUUCUAUUAUACAUGUGUAUUCUAUAUUAUUUUGGGUAUAUAGAAUAGCAAGUAUAUAUCACUCACUUUGUAACAUGUGAUUCUCAUAACGCCACAGAACCAACGACAUUACAAAUUUUGUAGUAACUGGUAACUUAUUAAGAAAAGGGACAGAACCGGAUGAAUUGUGUGUUAAAUACUUGACAUUACAUUAUGUCAAAUUCAAUGCUAAUUACUUAAUUUAUAUAUGAUAUAUGGCUAAUUCACAAAUUAACCCAAAAAAAUACGUCCAGGCCUAAUCAAACUUUCUAAAAUAAAAAAGAUAUCAAAUGCCGCAUAACAAAACCAAAUCUCGCGUAUUUUCAGUGUGAUGCAAACUAGAAGAAACUCAAAAACAAAAAGACAGAUUAUAAGAACUUUCCUUGGUCAAUGUUUGUAACUUGCCUCAGAAAGUCACAGAAACUUCACACUGAAACCUACUAGUAUAUUACUUUUUAUUUUCCAUAAAAAGAAACAGCUGAGUUUACCCUCCUCCUUCCUCCGCGUUUUCACACCAAAUCCCCGUGUGAACAGUCACAUUUUCUAGCAAAAGACAAUAAUAUCCUUAGGUGAUCUUCCCAGAAGAAACCAAAACAAAAACAAAGCUUCCUUCGUCCAGUCCACUACCUAAAAGCUUAGUUGGCUUCCAUGGAUGUUCCUUCUCCGAAACCCCAAAACUCUCUUCCUUUAUAUAUACACAUACAAAAGCCACUCUCAUUUCUACAUCAUCAACUUACAAAACCCAUCUCUCAAAAUUCUCAAUUUCUCUCACUCUAUAGCUCAAAUGGCGACUCCUCAAUCCUCAACCAGACCAACCCACCAAAACCCACAACCCAAUUUCCACGACCUCUUCCCCGCCAUGGCCGGAAAACUCGGAGGAGAAGGUCUAAUCGACGAGCUCUGCAAAGGCUUCGAGCUCCUUAUGGACGGAGACAAAGGAGUCAUCACUUUCGAGAGCUUGCGGCGAAACGCAUCAGCGGUUCUUGGGCUCGGAGAUCUGACGGACGACGAUGUAAGGUGUAUGAUCGACGAAGGGGAUUUCGAUCGAGACGGUGCGUUGAAUCAGAUGGAGUUUUGUGUGCUCAUGUUUAGGCUUAGCCCUGACUUGAUGGAUGCGUCACGCUUUGUCGUUACGGAGGCUAUCGAGGAGGAGUUUGGUGACCGAACACAUAGGCAUUGAUAUCCGUCAGAGACUUUGACAUAAGUUUAACCAAUUCCUUUUAUGUUUUUCUUAUCCGUUCGAUUAUUGUUGCAAUUCGUAUAAAAUUCUUGGAUGUUAUAUAACCGA